CUUUCGCAGUACAUCAGUUCUCGAUUGGCAGCGAACCUGGGCGGAUGCGAUUCACCGCAGCUAAUUUUUCCUGUCUCUAGUUUUCUUCGUUCCGUGUUGAGUGUGUUUUCGUCGAGCUUAUGUUUCUCUUCCUACGCCGCAGAAGUACUGUUUGUGAAAUGUUUUUUUUUUUCUUUUUCCCGCUGACUGUGUUCGACGUUUGAUUUUUUGGCUUUAACACUGUACACUUACUUUGUCGCGGUGGAGAAGCAGGACAGAACAGGUUUCGCGGAGUUUGAACUGGCGAGCGCUUCCUUGAGCGGAUGCGAACUUUUACAUCGUGCGUUCAGAAUCGGGAAGCAAUUGUGUCGAUCAAGUGAACUCAGAUGGAUUUCGACAAACUGCCGAUAUUUGUGAAGAAAAGGCUGAAAUAACAUUCUAGUGAAGGGAUUUGAGUGAAUUAUUGACUAGUUACAAACGAACAAAAAAUGGCAAUUGCAUUCUACUGUGAAGACGAAGAUCCGAAAAUGGUGUUCGGCGGUGCUGGUGCCUAUGGGUAUCAUCAUCACAACCAUCCGAGCAGCUAUCACCAACAAUCGCAACAUGCUGUUGCGGUAGGCCAGCAUCAGCAGCAGCAGCAGUACCCGGUCGCCUCCGCCGUUGAAGGUGCGGUUGAUGAGAACAACAACAACUGUGCCAUACAUGGCGGUAUUGGUGGCGCUGGUAGUGAAAGUGGUGGAAACGGCAGCGGCGAGCAGCAAAGUGGUGCUACCGUUUUGAACAGUAGCAACCGGCAGUUGAUGCGAGUCCUGCACCAGGUGCUCUACCGGUACACGAUGGAAGGCGUCCUCAGCCCGGCUCAAACAUCGUGCAUUUUCUGCAACCGGAUCUACUAUCUAUUCCAGUUACUUUAUUGACCUCAGCAGCGGCUGUACCGACUAAAUCGUUUUUGUCAGCAACGAAAAGUUCCAGUAAUAAAGAGCAUAUAAUUGAUUACGAAAAAAAAACCUACAAAAUAAAGCAAAAAAAAAAACAAUCAUCAAAGCUAACAAACCGACGCUGGGGCUGCAGUUCUACCUCCACUACUGUCUGAAAAGGACCUGCCAAGCAUGAAUCCUCGUAAGUCACAACCAGUCGCCAGGAGAAGUGUGAUUCUGCACGAAAAGAGGAGAACGGAGCCCCCUUCCCUGCAGUGGAUGUCAGUCGGUUUCCUGUGAUGAACGCAAUUCGAACGAGAUGGCAUUUAAGUUUCAUAGAGGCGAUAAGCGAAUCGAUAGAUUAUAAAUGCGGUUUUAGUUAGAGUUAGCAUAGGCAAUGAAAGCUAAGACGACGAAAGCGUAACUAUUUUGUAAAAUUUUUAAAGCUUAAGUAAAUUUUAUUCGAUAAGACUAAUAUAGAAUUUAUUUCAAGUGAUUUUUUUAAACUUUCAUAUGAUUUCCUAAUCCAUAAUACUUUUCGUUUUAUUUCUUACCACUUGAUAAUAAAAUUUGCGCAUUGUCGAUAUUAGGGCCAAGUACUGGUUAGAUUCUAUCAAGUAAAACAUUUAGUUUGUUAGUUAUAAUUAUCAAGUUUGAUUUUCCGCACGUCUUGGUACCACAAAGAAACUUGGCCACUUAUUCAUAUUCAUAUAAGUUAACGUCCCUUCCGAUCCCACAUAGCAUUUAUCAGACGAAAUCAAUUGAAAGCGUUUAUUUUUUUCUCUUAUUAUUUGAUAUCGGUUCGAGUUCAACCAAUUUUUGGAAUCGAGGAUAAUACCAAAUUCCAAAACACACAAUCAGCCACUUCCGUUCGAAGCCAAGGAAGAUGAUCUCAGUUUUAGUUUCGUAAGGUUCAAUUCGCGUUGCGGAAGUUUACGUUCGGGAUGUUUAGACUUUCCGAGCGGUUCGCUCAAAGCAGUUUUUUUUCUUCUCAUUUUUAUAGCUGCUCCAAACAUAAGAAGCAUUUCUCUAAAUCUGAUUUCAACUGUCAGCAGUGAAUAUUAUAAGUUGCAUUUUAAUUAGUUUGAGGAAUAAAUCAAAAUUUGUGUUAAAAAUAUAA